GCUGCUAUAACUCUUCCUUUGAAUCACAUAAUCCACAGUAAGCAUUCUUCCCAACCUCUCAACUCUUGUGGUAAGACAGGUUCUGGUAACAAGCAUGGCAGGAAAAUCAUCACAGACGGUCUGGAUGCUAGUAAUGCUUGUGUGCAUGGUAACACUGGUGCGUCCAGGGCUAGCUAGUCGGGCACCACAAGUAACUCUAGCACCAGGAGGAAAUGGGUCGGAGAAGGAAGACCUCGAGUGCUGGUAUGCUUUAUUGGGCGUAGAGGGUUGUGUGACUCAGAUUCAGGAGGCUCUUGUGCUUGCCAGUAUUGAUUUAAUUGAAGCUGCUUGUUGCGUAGCAGUUAAUAAAAUGGAAGACAGGUGCUGGGCAUUGUUGUUUCCCUGCGAGCCUAUUUACUGGGAAUUCCUCAAGAGCUGUUCUACUGAAACACUUGCGCUAGCGCCAGCGCCAGCACCCCAGUGAGUAGGUUGUGUGAAGCACCAUGGCCAGCCUCUCACACUUGGUAUGGAUUUGUUCAGCAAAAGCUGGCUGGUUUCGUGGACACAUACUACAGGUUAAUAAGAUAUGUAUGGUUAAAACUAGCUAGUAGGAGAUUUAACUCUUGAGAGAUUUUUAUAGAAGAAGUUCUUUUUCUUUUUC